AUGGCAGGUGAAAACCCGACACCAGCAGUCAAGCUGCGGGCUGCAUGCAACCAAUGCCAUUUCUCCAAGGUCCGAUGUAGCGGUGAGAAGACCGGGUGCACCCGAUGCUCCAACCUGGGCUACACCUGUAUCUACGUCGAAUCUCGUGUGGGCAAAGUGCAAGGGAAUAGAUCCCGACGCCGCGCAACACAGACGGAGAACGACAUGCAACGGCCAUCCAUGACGGCCAGAGCGUCGGCCACAGAGAGCAGCUCUUCCCCCUCGACACCGGCUGCCAGCACGCCCCUGCCAGCCAGUACACCGAUUACUUCGAGCAGCCUCAACAGUCUGAAUAGCCUGAACGGCACGUUUAACUUUGACGACUACCUUUCCACAGAUCCCAGGGGCCAUGAGAACGGCAGUAUCCUAUCCAAGCCUCCGUCAAAAGCGGACGAAUGCUCGCUGCUAUGGGGUUUCGAGGACCUGCCGUCCGUCGGAACGCCGAUUGAUUGCACAGCGUCGAGCCAUACUGCAGCCCAUUUCUCGGAUCCCACCCCCGCCGAUCUGAUGGGACUCACCUCCCCGUUCCAACUCUCUCCGACCCUGGUUCUCGGUUCCAGCGGGCUCGUUGACACGCAGUUAGACCCGAGCAUGAAGAGCGGAAACGUGAAUACGACGCACCAUCCCUUCCACGCACAUCGACAGAGCUCCUUCCAGCGCAUGGUCACCUGCGCAGAGCUGGUACAUGGGCUCGAAUACUACAUUCACAUCCGGCUGAUGGCCGUGGACGAGGUCAUGCGCGUCAGCAAGCACUGCAUGGCCCAACUUGUCCUACAUCUCGACUCGCAGAAGACGAACCCCAGCAUGAGCCUGCUGGGACUCAACUGCCUCGCCUUGAACCACGUAGUCACUCUUCUCGAGAGUGCAUCUUCCUAUGUUUUGCUGCCUUCGGAGGCCGAGGAGCCGCAGGGCCACAUCCCCACCAUCCAGUUCGGGAACUACCGUCUGGACCCGGAGCAGUACGUCGACAUCCAGGUGCAGCUGUUCAUGAAGGAGCUGGAGCGAUGUAGCCAGAUUGUGGAUAAGCUUGCCGGGCGUGUGCAGCAGAUCCAAGGUGACCAUCGGAAUCUGGCGACUAUCUACUCGUCCUGGCAGUCGGAUCUCCAGACACGUCUGCAGGCUUUGAGGGAGACGCUCGCGAAGUAA